AUGCCAGAAUUUGACCUGAAGCUGGAGCCGGCCGAGAAGAUUGUGUUUGUGGGCAAAAAGCUGGGCGAAGAGCCGGCUCACGUCACUCUCAAGAUCACAAACCCCAAGAGCGACAAGAUUGCAUUCAAGGUCAAGUGCACGUCCAACGAGAUGUUCCGAAUCCGACCACCGGUCGGCGAUUUGAAAGGCAAUGAAUCUGUCAGUGUCGCGGUGAGUUUUUUUUCGAUUUGGCAAAUUUUUAGGGUUUUUUUUUCGGAUUUUUCGCUAAUUUUGGGGUUUUGCGGGCAUUUUUUUUUCUUUUGUGGUUAUCGUUUCUUCUAUUUUUAAAGCUUCUACGGUUUUUGUUGUUAUCUUGCGGGCAUGUAUCAGUCUUUUUUUGGCAUUUGAGGGCUUUGAUGGCCAUCUUUUGAAGUUCCGCGGGCAUUUGCAGUCUUUUUCAUUGAGUUUUUCAAAUUUUUGGUAAAUUUUUUGAAUUUUUUUUACUUUACUCAGCCACUAUUACCACCCUAUAAAUCAUAUAAUUCUUAAAACCAACGCUUUUUACUACCUAAUUCACAAAACCUAUGUUUCAGCUCGUGUUCAAUUCGGGCAAAUCGGUUCCGGAAAGCUCCAAGCACUACUUUGCCGUAUACUACAUAAAGUCGCCGGACGAGAAGAAGGCCGCUCGUGCUGCGUGGUCCGAGCACAAGGGCGAAGCCGACGGCACAAAACGACUGUUUGUCGAUUUUAAGAAGGACGGCGACGCCGACAAGAAGGACGACAAGAAGGAGGAGAAGAAGGAUGAUGAAAAGAAGGAAGACAAGAAGGAAGAGAAGAAGGAUGAGGAGAAAAAAGAGGAAAAGAAGGAGGAGAAGGUGGGUUAAUGUUGAAUUACUGUUUCUAGACUUGAAAAAUUUAAAUUUAUCUUUGCUUGAUAAGAUAGUCAAAAAGCCGAUCAAACAAUACGAAAACCGACCGCACCGUGCAAAAAGGAAAGAAAAAGAAAUUUUGUCAUAACGCCAAAAUUAAUAACCAUGAAAGUUUUAGAAAACCAUAAAAGUUUAAAACAAACGUUUCAAGUCAUUAGAAUCAUUUUUGUAAUUGACAACUUUUUGAUAUGAUUACAAGAAAACGCAUUUUUUAAAUUUCAAAAUCCGCGCAGGUUCGAAUCCGCUUGAAGACAGUCGGCGUUUUCAUCACAAGAUGAGCGUUUUCAGAUACAACUUGAGUAAAUUAGUUCUUGAAAUUUAAAAUAAAACUCGUGAGAUUGUAAAAACCAAAAAAAAUCAUAUAUUUUUCGGUUUUUGACCAAAAAAACGAUCGAAUCGCCGAAAAUAGCAAAAAAAUUAGUUUGGAAUUUAAAAUACGGCGUUUGUACCUAAUAAUUUUUUGUGGUUUUUACUCUAAACCUUUUUAUUAUAUCCUCUAAAACCUUAAAUUUUACUUUUGAAACAAAAAAUUUUCAAAUUUGUUACCUAAAAUCUAACUUUUCCAUUUUCAGAAGGAAGAAGAAAAGAAGGAAGAGAAGAAAGAAGACGAAAAGAAGGAUGAGGAGAAGAAGGAAGAAGAGAAGAAGGAGUAG